GCCAAAACAAUCUAACGUAAAUCGUGAAAUUUGAAAUACAAUUUCGAAGUUGAACAGAUCAAUGGCAGUAGGAGCCGUUCUUUGAUAAUCACCUCCAACAAGUUUUGCUUCAUAUUCACCGCGCAAUCUUGCAUCGUCCUUCAUCUGCCAAUGGUUUUGGGCUGCUUUCACCACAUCGGCCUUUGAGGUUAGGUAGCUACCUCUCACAUGGCAAACCCCUGUUGAUCCUGUUGAAAUGUUGCACAAACACGGUCCAUCGGCCGCCGCAGCGACACCGGGCGGCGGGGAGGACCUAUCACUCUGGGACUCUGGGAAACAACUGAGCGCGGGCAGAGCGUCUAGAGGCUUUGGCGUGGCAGUCAAACUCUCGCCGACGAUCAGUUGGUUCCCAGGAUUGUUGAAUAAGUAUGCACCUGCUGACCGUCCUGCUGGCCGCUCUGGCCGUGGCCGCCUGCGCUGCUGAGUCGUCGGUUGGUUUCCUCGAGGAAGAGAAGCGAGCGCCUAGCAUGGGCUUCAGCGGUAUGCGGGGCAAGAAAGACGAUAUCCUGGACAGUUUCGACAAACGGUCGAGGAACAGCCUCGGCUUCAGCGGCAUGCGGGGAAAGAAGAGUGACGACCUCGAGGAGGAUACGACCGAUGACGGAGGAGUCGAGAAGCGUUCCAGAAACAAUCUGGGAUUCAGCGGCAUGAGAGGCAAAAAGGAUGACUAUGAAGAGGGCGACGGCGAUGUAGGCGUCCAGGACAAGCGCGCCCGCAACAACCUGGGCUUCAGCGGCAUGCGGGGCAAGAAGCAGGACAGCACUGUCGAGGAUCUCGACGACGAGGUCCUGCUCGGCGAGGAUGGGUUCGAGAAGCGGGCCCGGAACGCCCUCGGCUUCAGCGGGAUGCGGGGAAAGAAAGCCUCGUCCUCGGACGAGUUCGUGAUGGACGACCUUGUGGACAAGCGGGCGAGCGGUGGCAGGAACUCGUUGGGCUUCAGUGGGAUGCGCGGCAAAAAGGCCCUUAUCGACGAGAUGGACGCCUACCUGGCCAAGCGGGCUCGGGGCAACGCGGGCUUCGUGGGCAUGCGCGGUCGGCGCGAGAACAACCAGGCUUUCUUCGGCAUGCGGGGCAAGCGAGGCGACGGCUACGACGAGGAUGCUGUGUUCGGGUACCUCCAAUCUCCAGACGCUGCACGCAACGGCGUGGUCACCUUCCGCAGCAAGAGGUAUCUCCCGUCGCAUUGGCAGCUGCGGAACUCGAAGAAAGCGCCGUUCUCUGGAUUCAUCGGGCUCCGAGGAAAGAAAAGUUAUAUGCCGGCCGUGUCAAGUUUUCGAGCUGCAAGUGACCAGUAAUAGACGGGACAAUGAAGCGUUGUUUGGUUCGGAAGUAAAAUUAACCCAUUAUGUACAAUGGUUGCGAAGUUCACUGAAAUUUCUAUUUUAAUUUUGCUGGUCGUAACUUGUGGUAAUCACCACAACGGACUGUUACUUUAUUAUUAGAAAUAGGUUUUUGAGUUUUCAAAGUUAUCUGAAAUCAGAGUCUACAAACCGAUGUUGUAGACUCCACAUACUAAUGAAUCGGUUUUCACCCCCUUCUCAUUU